UGCUAAGUGGACAACCCUAAAAAGGGAAUUCAACUGGUAAGACUCGGUGAAUUUGUUAGUCAGACAGGUUUUUUGCAUACAUCAUGGGUCGGGUACGGAGAUCUCGUACACAUCAUGCACAACGCGACGUGCAUCGCGCAUCCCGUACAAGGGCUCGCACAAAAGAUCUCGAUCAAAUUCAGCUCAUUGAUCUAGACCCGAAGAAUCGAGUUGCUCUUGAAGCACAGCCAAUUGACCUCGAGAAACCUGGCCUUGCCCAGCAUUACUGCGUUGAAUGUGCAAAAUACUUUGAGACUGAUACCGCGCUCCAGUCACAUUGGAGGGGUAAAGUGCACAAACGACGGUGUAAAAUUUUGAAGGAGCCUGCAUAUACGAUAGAAGAAGCAGAAAGAGCUGCUGGACUUGGGCGAGAAGGGAAAAGAACACCGAUUUCUACACAGGCCAUGCCGAUAGAUACUUAGCGACUACUGUUGUGACCUAAGGAUGGUUGCCUGUCUUUGUCUCCUUGGUCGAGAACUCCUGGCCAUACGUGACAGCUCCUUGGACUAUCGCGCCUCGAGUCAGACAUUGGUGUUGUCAUCAAGUGCGUAGGCCCGGUAUGGUAAUUGGGCGAGGAUGACCAGCAUCAAGUCAAGAACACAUGUAUCGCUCUCUAGUUCUUGUUUGCGUUUCCGUCACUCCCGAUCAUACUCAAUCGAGAUUCGCUCUUUCCCCCAAUCCGCAAAAAUCAUUUUACUUGCCAAAAGAAUAUUUCCAGGGGCCCGUGAG